AUGUCUUCAUCAACACGCGUAUUCCCGCCUCUCUAUACUUCAUCCGGUGAUGAUUCCGCCGACAGAUUAGCUUUCUUUCACAUUCUAGAGCGACUGAAGACGCAAAAGCGAACGGGAUGGAUUGAUCACGGAGUACGACUUUCUCUAUCCUCGCAGCUGGAGAAUAAACUAAAUUUUUGCGAUAGAUUGGCAGGCCAGAGAGGUAGAGCCCCGGUUCUUCUCAACACAGUGAUACCGAUGCUCAUCUUUCGCCUGGACCCCUUCUCUAGUAUCUCCGACCACAUGUACAGAAUGGCAGUUCUUGCUAUGUGCACCUCGGAUGAAAAACUAGACAUACCCAAAUGUGUGAUGAUGUGUAUCGUUCAUGACCUUGCGGAGGCACAGGUCGGCGAUAUCACUCCUCGGGAAGGGAUCAGUAGAGCAGAGAAACAGCGGCUUGAGGAGGAAGCAAUGCAUAAUUUCAUACAUGAAAUGCUUCACAACAGUCCAGCAGCUCAAAGGAUAGAAGCGUUGUGGAAGGAAUACGAAGACGGGAAAACGCCGGAGGCGCGAUUCGUCAAAGAUCUAGACCGUUUUGAGCUAGCCUCUCAAGCAUUUGAAUACGAACGAACAUACACUGCAAGAAAUCUACAAACAUUCUUUGAUACAAGUCUUCCCAAAGUACGACACACCGAGGUCCGUGAGUGGGGUGAGGAUCUAAUGAAAGAGCGAAAGGAACUAUGGAAAGCCAUCGAAUCAGAGCAACCAACUUUUAACAGCCUACUAUGA